CAACUUCCGAUUGUUAGUCAUCGUUUUUUUUAAAGGGUUUAAAGAGGAACACGAAAGGCGUCGGAACAUAAACAUAAAUUUCAGCAUUUUGAUGUCAAAAUGGGGGCUUGCCUGGCUUUGUGCUCUUUAGCCAGCUGUGCCUCAUGUCUGUGUGGCUCAGCACCAUGUCUUUUAUGUGGCUGCUGUCCCUCCUCCAAUAACUCCACCAUCACCCGCUUGGUUUUCUCUUUCUUUUUACUGUUGGGAACCUUUGUGUCUGUCAUCAUGAUACUUCCUGGAAUGGAAACACAGCUCCGCAAGAUCCCAGGAUUUUGCAAGGGAGGAACAUCAAUACCAAUACCUGGUGUUGAAAACCAGGUCGACUGCAAUGUCAUCGUGGGGUACAAGUCGGUGUAUCGAAUGUGCUUUGCCAUGACCUGCUUCUUCUUUCUGUUCUGCGUUAUCAUGAUUCGUGUUCGUAGCAGUAAAGACCCACGUGCAGCUUUUCAAAAUGGCUUCUGGUUCUUUAAAUUUCUGAUCCUGGUUGGGAUUACAGUGGGAGCCUUUUUCAUCCCUGAUGGAACAUUUCACGAUGUGUGGUUUUACUUCGGCAUGGUGGGAUCCUUUAUCUUCAUUUUAAUCCAGCUCAUUCUCCUCAUUGACUUUGCCUACUCCUGGAACAAAGCCUGGGUAGAAAAUGCUGAAAGAGGGAACAAAUGCUGGUUUGCAGGACUGCUGUCUUUCACUGGCCUCCACUAUGCACUGGCUAUUGCUGCUGUGGUGCUUUUCUACAUUUACUAUACAAAGGCCGAUGACUGCACAGAGCACAAAGUCUUCAUCAGCAUCAACCUUAUCUUAUGCAUCACCGUCUCCAUUGUUUCCAUCUUACCGAAGAUACAGGAAGUUCAGCCAUACUCAGGUCUGCUUCAGGCUUCCCUCAUCUCCCUCUACACUAUGUAUGUCACUUGGUCUGCAAUGACCAACAAUCCAAAUCGCAAUUGUAACCCCAGCCUGUUGAGUUUAGUGUCGAACGUCAGCACCGCUGAAUCAUCUGGUGGCAGUUCUCCAGGACAGGUGCAGUGGUGGGAUGCUCAGGGUAUUGUGGGAUUAAUCAUCUUCCUCUUCUGCACUCUUUACGCCAGUAUUCGUUCAUCCAGUAACACCCAGGUGAACAAGCUGAUGCAGACUGAGGAGGGUGGAGGGUCAGGUGAAGAGGGUGUGGUGGGGGAGGAUGGUAUACGCAGGGCUGUUGACAAUGAAGAGGAGGGAGUCACUUACAGCUACUCCUUUUUCCACUUCCACCUCUGCCUGGCCUCUCUGUACAUCAUGAUGACUCUUACCAACUGGUACAAACCAGAAACUUCCAGCCAAGUCAUGCAGAGCAGUAUGCCAGCUGUUUGGGUGAAGAUGAGUUCCAGCUGGCUGGGCCUUGGGCUCUACCUUUGGACCCUUGUCGCCCCUCUUAUUUUCCCUGACAGGGAUUUCAGCUGAGCAGACAUUGUCUUUUGGUUGUAUUUGAAUGGUUUGUUUGUUUGUUUGUUUGUUUUUGGGGGGGUAUAUUGGGCAAGCUGAAGGAUGCUAAAAAGAAUAUUAUUAAGACAUUUUUUCAUUACAUUUAUUUUUUUGGCAGUAGUCUCUGUUAUUGUAUUUGUUGGGUUAGUCCUCUUGGUUAGCUUAUUGAGUGAAAUUAUUGCUACAGAUGCUGUUUUAAGCUGAUUUUUUUUCUUUUCUUUUAAAGUUUAUCUGGUCUGGACUUGGGCAUGUGAAGUAAUUUCAUUUUCCAGUGACUCAAAUUCAUAGGCUACUCUCCUACCUUCUGUAGUGUGAUCAUAUGAGCUCCACUAUCUUGGUUCUAAGUUUUAGGUUCCAUAGCAAAGACUCAACAACAAAGCACUUUCUCAAUACCUCAGAUGUUUCAAGUUAGAGUCCUGUUUAAAGGUCUUUCAGACCAGAGCUCUCUGAUUGGCCAGGUCUGGAAUACCCCUGAUUAGCUGUGCUCCUUUACUGCAGGGGGCACCAGGGAGAGCCCUGAUCGGGAGCCUCAGAAUGAGGUGAGUGUGAAAGCUAGAUAAGACUAAUAUGGCACACCCUUAAGAUCAUAACAGGGCUUCCCCGUUGCUGCUAGGCUGCAUGCAAAUCCACGUGAUUGCACAUUGAGACAGGGAGUCCUAAUAGACAGCCAGUCUAAUCUCAACUCUUCCUUGUCUACUCCAAGCUGAGAUAAUUUAUCUCCGGUGCUAAGGUUUUCCAUGCCUGACUGUGUUUGGCCUCUGACGGCCACGGACAACAAUCUAUAUAUCCUGUAUAGCAAUCUGCAACAAGGAGACAUGUAUUGAUCCGUAGCAGUUAGCAUCAUGCAGUGUGCAGCAGUAGGGUUCAGGAGGUGAAUCAUAAAUCCUGCACUACCUGUAUUCUUACAAAUGCCAUUAUAUUGAGGAGGUUGCACAGUGAAUUAUUGAGUUAAAAAAGGGAAUUAUAAAUGUUAAAAUGUACAAAACAAUAAUAAUGCAUUUCUGAAUUGCUGUUACUGAUUUUUAUUGCUGGUAUUGAUAUUCAUAGUGAUUUGAUGGCUGUAAUGUUGGUACAGUACUCUUGCAUAUGCAUUAUAUACUUGUUACCUCAAUUUCAGUAUGACUGGAAUGAGUUAAAAUAAGGUGAGUAUAUUUUGUAGUUGUGGAAAAAAAUUUGGUACAAUCCUGUUUUGUGUUCUUUUUAAACAUUUCAGUUGUCACAGACAUGAAUCAGAUGUUUCUCUGGUUGUGUAUGAGUAUAGUGAGUGAUGUUUUUCAAAGGUUUUCUGAUUAAUAGAAUUUUUUUUUUUUUUUACAUUCUUUAUAUAUUUGAUCCCACUAAGAUGAAUAUUUAGGAUGAAUUUCUUGUGUUGGAUCAUAAUUUAACAUUUCAAAACACUAUUAAGUGCCUUUUUGUAGUCCCAAAAUGUAUGCUAAUAGAUCAUUAAUGCUGAUGUGCUUAUUAUACCUUGCCUUACAUUGUGGCGAUCCAGUCAUUGCAUGCCAUAAGGCACCGGUCUGUAACAUAAACUGUAAUUUUAAUAAAGAUGAAAGCUUCCA